CUUAAAAAAAUUGUAUUAUUUUUUUGAAAGUCAAAGUUACAGAGAAAGGAGACGCAGAGGCACAGAGAGAGAUCGAUCUUCCAUCUGCUGGUUCACUCUUCAGAUGGCCGCAAUGGAGGGAGCUGGGCCAGGCUGAAGCCAGGAGCCAGGAACUUCCUCCAGGAUGCAGGAGCCCAAUGACUUAGGCCAUGUUCUGCUGCUUUCUCUGGUGCAUUAGGAGGGAGCUGGAUUGGAAGUGGAACAGCUGGGACUUAACUGGCACCCAUGUGGACUUUACCUGCUAUGCCAUAGUGCCAGCCCCAAGUUUUGUUUUUAAGAUAUUAUGGUUAGAAAGUAGUGGGAAGUUGAUAACAAAUUAGCUGCUCAAAUGGAAUUUAUUUGAAAUGAAAAUGAUUACAAUUUUGUGUCAGGAAUGACUGUGACCUUUAGGUUUAAACUAUUGCUGUCGUCUUAGAAGAACUUGUUUGUUUGGGUCAAAUUUUUUUUUAAUAUUUGUUUAUUUAUUUGAAAGGCAGAGUUAGAGAGAGAGAGAGAGAGGUCUUCCAUCUGUUGGUUCACUCCCCAGAUGGCCGCAGUGGCUGGAGCUGUGUUGAUCUGAAGCCAGGAGCUUCUUCCAGGUCUCCCAUGAGGGUGCAGGGGUCCAAGGACCUGGGCCAUCUUCUACUGCUGUCCCAGGCCAUAACAGGGUUGGAAUGGAAAUGGAGCAGCCGGGACUCAAACCGGUGCCCAUAUGGAAUGCCGGCACUGCAGGCGGCAGCUUUACCCACUAUGCCACAGCACCGGCCCCUUUUAAUAUGUUUAAUGUUAUAAAUCCAGAAUCAUAUCUGAAAUCAUAGUACGUUUUACCAAGAAGAGGAUUUAGCUUGAUUGAUGUUUCCUGACUUUCUGUUUGUGUCUAAAGCAUUAGACUGUUUUGGUCAGAUUAUUUGAAAUUGGGUGUAGGUUGAGUUUGGCAAGGUUCAUUUUAAUCUUUUUUUAUUACUAUUUUGUAAAGAUUUUCUUUGAAAAGCAAAAGUUACACAGAGAGAGAGAGAGAGAAAGAUAGAGAUACCUUUCAUCCAUGAUUCACUUCCUAAAUGGCUGCAGUGGCUAGGGCGGGGACAGCCUGAAGCCAGGAGCUUCUGGGUCUCCCAUGUUGGUGCAGAGGCACAAGUACUUGGACCACCUUCCUCUGCGUUCCCAGGCACAUUAGCAGGGAGCUGGAUGGAAAUUGGAGCAGUGGAUACGAAACCCCGCCCAUAUGGGAUGCCGGUGUUGGCAGGUGGCGGCUUAACCCGCUAUGUCACAAUGCCUGCCUCGGCAAGGUUCAUUUUAUAGUGCCAGUCUGAGUGAUGAUUAGCAAACAGAACUGACAUCUUUUGCUACGCCUCCAAUGGAGCACACCUGCAAAUCUGACUUCUCAGGCUUCCCUUGACCCCUCCAAAAAAGGUACGUUCUAUGGAUGAACUGAAUCAUGAUUUUCAAGCACUUGCUCUGGAGGGAAGAGCGAUGGGAGAGACCUUAAGAGAUGAUUGUGUCUCCUGUGCCUGCCUAAUAUCAUUGAAACAGUGCACAUCAAUAAGCCUGGUAUGGUUAUCGAAUAAAAGACUUUGUACUUAAUUUCUGGACACCAUUUGAACAGAAAGCUAACAGAAAAGAACUUAUCCUUGGUAAUAGACAAAUUUAUAAACCUGAUGAAGGCAAUUUGGAAAGUACUCUUAUAUAUGGAGUGAUAAUGAAUCCUACCCUGUUCAUUGGAAGUAUAAUAAGCAGCUCUUGCCAGGUAAAAAGUUUUGGGAAACAGAUGAAUCCAGCAAAGAUGGACCAAAAGGAAUAUUCCUGGGUGAUCAAUGGCGAGACAGUGCCUGGGGAACAUCAGAUCAUUCAGUUUCCCAGCCAAUCAUGGUGCAGAGAAGACCUGGUCAGAAUUUCCAUGUGAACAGUGAGGUCAAUUCUGUACUGUCCCCACGAUCGGAGAGUGGGGGACUAGGCGUUAGCAUGGUGGAGUAUGUAUUGAGCUCAUCCCCGGGCGAUUCCUGUCUAAGAAAAGGAGGAUUUGGCCCAAGGGAUGCAGACAGUGAUGAAAACGACAAAGGUGAAAAGAAGAACAAGGGUACGUUUGAAGGAGAUAAGCUAGGAGAUUUGAAGGAGGAGGGUGAUGUGAUGGACAAGACCAAUGGUUUACCAGUACAGAAUGGGAUUGAUGCAGACGUCAAAGAUUUUAGCCGUACCCCUGGUAAUUGCCAGAACUCUGCUAAUGAAGUGGAUCUUCUGGGUCCAAACCAGAAUGGUUCUGAGGGCUUAGCCCAGCUGACCAGCACCAAUGGUGCCAAGCCUGUGGAGGAUUUCUCCAACAUGGAGUCCCAGAGUGUCCCCUUGGACCCCAUGGAACAUGUGGGCAUGGAGCCUCUUCAGUUUGAUUAUUCAGGCACGCAGGUACCUGUGGAUUCAGCAGCAGCAACUGUGGGACUUUUUGACUACAAUUCUCAACAACAGCUGUUCCAAAGACCUAAUGCACUUGCUGUCCAGCAGUUGACAGCUGCUCAGCAGCAGCAAUAUGCGCUCGCAGCGGCUCAUCAGCCUCACAUCGGUGUGUUUUCAGCAGGUUUAGCUCCCGCUGCAUUUGUCCCAAAUCCAUACAUCAUCAGUGCUGCUCCCCCAGGAACGGACCCCUACACCGCUGGAUUGGCUGCAGCAGCAACACUAGGCCCAGCUGUGGUCCCACACCAGUAUUAUGGAGUUACUCCCUGGGGAGUCUAUCCCGCCAGUCUUUUCCAGCAGCAAGCUGCUGCUGCUGCAGCAGCUACUAAUUCUGCUAAUCAGCAGACCACUCCACAGGCUCAGCAAGGACAGCAGCAGGUUCUCCGAGGAGGAGCCAGCCAGCGCCCUUUGACCCCAAAUCAAAACCAGCAGGGCCAACAAACAGAUCCGCUAGUGGCAGCUGCAGCAGUGAAUUCUGCCCUUGCGUUUGGACAAGGUCUGGCUGCAGGCAUGCCAGGUUAUCCAGUCUUGGCUCCAGCUGCUUACUAUGACCAAACUGGUGCCCUUGUGGUGAAUGCAGGGGCAAGAAAUGGUCUUGGAGCCCCUGUUCGACUUGUAGCUCCUGCGCCAGUCAUCAUUAGCUCUUCAGCUGCACAAGCAGCUGUUGCAGCGGCCGCAGCUUCAGCAAACGGAGCAGCCGGUGGUCUUGCUGGAACAACAAAUGGACCAUUUCGCCCUUUAGGAACCCAGCAGCCCCAGCCCCAGCCCCAGCAGCAGCCCAGUACCAACCUGGCCUCCAGCUCUUUCUAUGGCAACAACUCUCUGAGCAGCAGUUCACAGAGCAGCUCCCUCUUCUCCCAGGGCUCUGCCCAGCCUGCCAACACGUCUUUGGGAUUUGGAAGUAGCAGUUCUCUUGGUGCCACCCUGGGAUCAGCACUUGGAGGGUUUGGAACAGCAGUUGCAAACUCCAACACUGGCAGUGGCUCCCGCCGUGACUCCCUGACUGGCAGCAGUGACCUUUAUAAGAGGACAUCGAGCAGCUUGACCCCCAUUGGACACAGUUUUUAUAACGGCCUUAGCUUUUCCUCCUCUCCUGGACCCGUGGGCAUGCCUCUCCCUAGUCAGGGACCAGGACAUUCACAGACACCACCUCCUUCCCUCUCUUCACAUGGAUCCUCUUCAAGCUUAAACCUGGGAGGACUCACAAAUGGCAGUGGAAGAUACAUCUCUGCUGCCCCCGGCGCUGAAGCCAAGUACCGCAGCGCAAGCAGCGCUUCCAGCCUCUUCAGCCCCAGCAGCACCCUCUUUUCAUCCUCCCGGUUGCGGUAUGGGAUGUCUGACGUCAUGCCCUCUGGUAGGAGCAGGCUUUUGGAAGAUUUUCGAAAUAACCGCUACCCCAAUUUACAACUGCGGGAGAUUGCUGGACAUAUAAUGGAAUUUUCCCAAGACCAGCAUGGGUCCAGGUUCAUUCAGCUGAAGCUAGAACGUGCCACCACAGCAGAGCGCCAGCUUGUUUUCAAUGAAAUCCUCCAGGCUGCGUACCAACUGAUGGUGGAUGUGUUUGGGAAUUAUGUCAUUCAGAAGUUCUUUGAAUUUGGCAGCCAUGAACAGAAGCUGGCUUUGGCAGAACGCAUCCGAGGCCACGUCCUGUCCUUGGCACUACAGAUGUACGGCUGCCGAGUUAUCCAGAAAGCUCUUGAAUUUAUUCCCGCAGACCAGCAGGUAAUUAAUGAAAUGGUUCGGGAACUGGAUGGCCACGUCCUGAAGUGUGUCAAAGACCAGAAUGGCAACCACGUGGUUCAGAAAUGCAUUGAAUGCGUGCAGCCCCAGUCCUUACAGUUUAUCAUCGAUGCUUUUAAGGGACAGGUGUUUGCUUUGUCUACGCAUCCUUAUGGCUGCCGAGUGAUUCAGAGAAUUCUGGAGCACUGUCUCCCUGACCAGACACUGCCUAUCUUAGAGGAGCUGCACCAGCACACGGAGCAACUUGUCCAGGAUCAAUAUGGAAAUUAUGUAAUCCAACAUGUAUUGGAGCAUGGUCGUCCUGAGGAUAAAAGCAAAAUUGUAGCAGAAAUCCGAGGCAAUGUCCUUGUAUUGAGUCAGCACAAAUUUGCAAGCAACGUCGUAGAAAAGUGUGUCACUCACGCCUCACGGACAGAGCGUGCCGUGCUCAUCGAUGAGGUGUGCACCAUGAACGACGGUCCCCACAGUGCCUUAUACACCAUGAUGAAGGACCAGUAUGCCAACUAUGUGGUCCAGAAGAUGAUCGACGUGGCAGAACCAGGCCAGCGCAAGAUCGUCAUGCAUAAGAUCCGGCCCCACAUCGCCACCCUUCGCAAGUACACCUACGGCAAGCACAUUUUGGCCAAGCUGGAGAAAUACUACAUGAAGAAUGGUGUUGACUUGGGGCCCAUCUGUGGCCCCCCUAAUGGUAUUAUCUGAGGCACAGUACCCUCUCUCCCAUUCUCGUUGACCUCACUGGCCCGUUGGCAAAUCCAACCAGCAACCAGAAAUGUUCUAGAGUAGAAUCUGACGUGGGCGGACGGUUGCCCCGGGAUUGCUCCCUCCUCCAAACAGGAAUCAAAUCCACAAGUGGAAAAGCCUUUGUAAAUUUAAUUUUAUUACACAUAACAUGUACUAAUUAUUUUUUUUAAUUGACUGAUUGCCCUGCUGUUUUACUGGUGUAUAGGGUACUUGUACAUAGGUAACCAGUGUACAUGGAAGGCCGCCUAUUUUGUUCAAUGUUGUAUCUAUAUUCCCCAUGCGGAAACUUUCAGGGUGGUUGGUUUAACAAAAAAAAGUUUAAAAAAAAAAAAAAGUUUUUAACUCAUUUGCCUCAUCGGCAAGUUUUGCAAAUAGCUUCCCCAACUCCUCAUUUUAGUAAAAAACAAAAACAAACAAAAAAACCUGAAAAGUUUGAAUUUUAGUUACAUGAUCCCAAACUGGCAUUUAACACUGUUUAUAAAAAUAUACAUAUAUAUAUACAUAUAUCUAUAUGAUGAAAAGCAUUUCAGAGUUGCUAAAGCUUGGGUUGAUGACAGUGGGUUUCUGGAGCUUCUGAAAAUGGUCUCAGACAGGUGCUCUGGAAGUGCGGUGUGCGCUGUGAGGGAGGCGACGCCCAGCGCGGCCUCGUCGGCCCGCCGGGCUCGUGGGUUACUGCCUGUUGGGUUUUUUCUGUUAACACUGAAAGACAAAAUCUGAUUAUUUAGCAUGAGAAAAAAAAAUCCAACUCUGCUUUUGGUCUUGCUUCUAUAAAUAUAUAGUGUAUACUUGGUGUAGACUUUGCAUAUAUACAAAUUUGUAGUAUUUUCUUGUUUUGAUGUCUAAUCUGUAUCUAUAAUGUACCCUAGUAGUCGAACAUACUUUUGAUUGUACAAUUGUACAUUUGUAUACCUGUAAUGUAAAUGUGGAGAAGUUUGAAUCAACAUAAACACGUUUUUUGGUAAGAAAAGAGAAUUAGCCAGCCCUGUGCAUCCAGUGUAUAUUCAUACCUUUUAUGGUCGUAGCAUAUAGUGUUGUAUAUUGUAAAUUGUAAUUUCAACCAGAAGUAAAUUUUUUUUCUUUUGAAGGAAUAAAUGUUCUUUAUACAGCCUAGUCAAUGUUUAAAAAGAAAAGGAUAGCUUGGUUUUAUUUGUCAGUUAGUCAGACAGUAGAAAGAGCCUUUCUAAAUGUUAUUCGAGAUGGAUUUAGUUCACACUAGUGGUUUUUUUUUUUACCCUGAAAAGGUAAUGUUUUGCUUAUUUGGUGACAGUCAGAAGGAUGUGCAGAAGCUCAGCCCUGCCCCAGCCUUCCUUUCCUUCGGAGCCCCUCCCACCUUGUAAAGUGUGAAUUGCCCUCCCUUUUUGUACAGAAGAUGAACUGUAUUUUGCAUUUUGUCUACUUGUAAGUGAAUGUAACAUACUGUCAAUUUUCCUUGUUUGAAUAUAGAAUUGUAACACUACGCGGUGUACAUUUCCAGAGCCUUGUGUAUAUUUCCAAUGAACUUUUUUGCAAGCACACUUGUAACCAUAUGUGUAUAAUUAACAAACCUGUGUAUGCUUAUGCCUGGGCAACUAUUUUUUGUAACUCUUGUGUAGAUUGUCUCUAAACAACGUGUGAUCUUUAUUUUGAAAAAUACAGAACUUUGGAAUCUG